GGAAUUUGUCUUCCGGUUCCUAAUCGGAAAGACAUAGAGUUACCUCUAUUUAAACGCCAGGGUUGUGUGUGUGUGUUUUUUUAUAUCUGCUAGGGUUCGCAGCUCCAAGGGUACAAUCCAGUGCAAUUUUGGCUUCGAUUAUUCGAUUCUAUGGCGAGGAGGUUUUCAGUGACGUUCAAGGAUUUGGGGGGUCGUUGGAGGGAGCUGGAAUUGGAAGAGCCGGGUAAAGCAGAUCCUGUUCCUGUGUCAUUGGAGGAAAAGGGCUAUGAUUAUGAUUCGCGGGCAUUUGUUCAGGCCAGGAUGAUAUGUUGCGAAGAUAGUUUGAAUCAGUUGAUUAAGCAACGGCUUAAGCAGGAGGAUGAGUUAAAGAAGAGAAACUGCAAACCAAACAAAGAAAGUGGUGGUGAUGAGGAUGAUGACCAGGAUUAUGAAGAUGCUUUGGAAGUGGACGAAGAAGCUAAAAAGGUUGAUGAUGGUGAGCAAAUGGAUUUCGUAAAGCCUAUAACUCGGUCUAUGCCUGAAGAUCCUUUCCCUGUUAUGCAUCCAAAGGAGCAAGCUGUAUGCUAUUAAGCGGUCAGGCUUUGGAGUUCAAGCAACUGAAUCAGGCUUUGAAGCAUUGGAUAAGGGUCGGGAUGUUCACAACCAAGCUGCUCGCGAUCAUAGGUGUUUUAUUUGGGAAAAGUUUCUUUCUUUCUUCUAUAAUAAUUAGUCACUAGAGUAUUGUGCAGGCUAUUUAUAGACCUAUUUAAAUAUUUGUAACAAAAUGAUUCUUUUUAUUUUGAACGAAUUAUCUCAUUUAAUGUUUCUGAUUAUAUAAACAUAUAAAUCUUUCCUAUGUAAUGAAUUAUUUAUCUUCUUAAAUUGCAGCCAAUCUUUUGGUAGCAUCUUCCACUUUUUGAUCUGCUGGUGCCAGAAAACAGCCCCCUGAAGGUGUUUUUUAACCUCCACGUUGGCCUAAUUGGAAAACUAGUCGUGUUUAAUGCUGUUACUGAUGAAUAAAAAGGAGACACUAAAGGAAUAUGUUACUUACUACUUGGUAACACGCGGAUUAAGUGAGCCAACAUCCUUGUUUCUUUAACCUAAUGUUUUUCCCAACUGUGGUUGUCAUUACGCAUCGUUUGCUUACUUCUUAGUACCAGGUUCUUGUUUAGGCUGUUAUUUCCUGCGGGCUGGUAGGAGUCUAUGGUUCGUGUGUUUGACCAUGGUUAAUUAUCAGUUACUGGAUUCAGCCCUCAAACAAAUCACCAUUCUUUAACAACCGUGCUUUUGAUGAUUAGGAAAUUCAUGGCAUGGCUCAUAUUUCUAUGUUCUAGGCAAUUGAUAGGAAUAGCCUACAGGCAUUCUACAUCCUUCUCGAGUUUCAUUUUCUUGUGAAGCAAGCUGAAUUCUUCGUAGCAACUUUGUUUGCGCUGUUUCAGGAGGAAGCACGACACUGGAAGCUAUUCUUGCUGCUUGCAAGUUAAUGACUCACUGCAACUAAACCAUACUCUAUAAGUCUAUAUCCACCAGGAGUCAGAGCCGAAACGUUAAUACACCAUUUUGUCAAGAGAAUCAGACUGUGGUGAAGGUGAUAACACGAGCAAUUUGCAAAGUCCACACCGAACCUGAUGCAUUGACAUCAAAGCCAAAAAACCCGACUUCUAGUCUGAAGCAAUCCGGUGAGACCUUGGACAGCCAACAGCAGCAGAACUGUGGCCAUCGCAUGCCGUCUCUCCCACAGAUGUCUUGUGUUUCCACUACAGGAAUUGGACAAAACAGGAAAACCGUAAUUGGUUUUCUUUACAGGUAUAUACUGGACUGAGGUAAACAUCGUCUGGGUUUGCAGUGGGAGUUCUCUCAAGCUGAAUUUGUGGAGCUUGCGCGAGGGACUGACUCUGACUAAACCGCUCGGGCACAUGACGACGGUUGCUUCUCCGUUUAUGUAACUAAUCUAACUCACAGGACAACGCCUUCAUUUUUCAUGUUUUGUUUUUAUAGCAUUCUUUUGGUUCCUUCCUCCAUUUUUAUUUUCAUGUUUUGUUUUUAUAUCAUUCUUUUGGUUCCUUCCUCCAUUUUUACCUGCUUGGACAGAUUGUGAUAGAAAAGCAACUAAAUGUGGAGAAUGUUAGCUUAGAUAUAUGUGACAUAAGUUUUUUUCUCGAUGCC